UAUACUUCGUACUAUGUACCAUUCGAAAGAAUUUUCCAUAGAAAAAAACCACCCAACGAUCCAGAAAAGCAAUAGCGCGAACAACGUUCUCUCCGAUUGCAUACAUUACUGUGUCGCCAUCCGCAAAGGCAUGUGCAUCUCUGGCACGCCGGUGCUGAAUCAAGCGGGAGAAAACUGUGAGCAUCCGGACCCCUAUCAAAGCAGAACGCACAAAACGGGGACUGCGACCAUGUCCGAUUCGGGAUUGGGGUUCUUGGAGCACACGACGGCUCUUCCUACCAUUACGAGGCACUCUCUCCACGGCCACAGCAAAGGAGACGAGUGGAGGAAACAGAGUGACGACAACGCAAGCGACAACGGCAACGGCAACGGCAACGGCAACGGCAACGGCAACGGCAACGACAACGACAACGACAACGAACACGAAACCAACACUAAUACUAACACUAGCUUUUCCUGGAUCGAACUGGACUUUUCCUGGGAAAUCACCAAACCGGAAUCACAGCAAUCCAAUGACAAUGCGAACAACCCUGCCCAUCUACAACCACCCACUUCACAUUUGCUCGCCGCAGACGGUACCAAGCAUGUAGAUAUCACCUCGGAGACAAUGCUUCUAGACGACGAUAUCAGAAGUUGUUGCACGGACGACGACGACGACGACAACGACAACAAGUUGUGCAGCAGCUAUCACUCGGAGCUCUCGUCCCUCGGCGAGGACAAUGUCUCCUCCGUUGACGGUGGAUUUGGUUGGCUUUCGUCGCUGGAUGGUGUGCAACUGCCGGAUCAAUACGACGACGAUUCCGCGCCUGGGAUUUUGAACGACAGUGACCUGGAUUCCAUCAUCGAGAUUGGUGCAUGUGGCCUUCUUUCUUCCGGAGAGGGGGAGGAGAAAGACGACGACGACCAUGGGGAAGGCUGUGAUGAGAUCAAAGAGGGGGACCACCAGCACAAGGAAACCGAAACUGCAACUGCAACGGUCCGCAGCCGGUGCAGCAGGACCGUGGCCAUUCAUCACGAGCUACUUGGUUCCGAGGUCGAAACCACCACCACCACGAAUCAAACAGCAACUCCCUGCAAACCAGAGAAGCACCCACCGCGGCGCAAAUUGAAAAAGCAGUCGAGCUCGGGCGCUGCAAACGACACCAAUGCCAAUACCAGCAGCGAGCAGGACACAACGAGUGACAACGUCGAGGAGGAACUCUACGAGAUCCUCUGCAGGGGGGCUGGCGAAUCCACGGCAACAACGGCAUCAAAGGGCAACGGGGACCAAGGCAGAGACGAAACAGAACCCGUCGGCAGCAAGCAGCCAGGCGGAGAAGAACCAGCACCGCAGCGAACCUCGUCCACUAGAUCCAAGAAAAAGACCUCCAAGGCCGAUCAAAAUGCCACCGGAGAGAUGGGCCCCAAACGCUCCUCCAAACCAAAGCCACAACGGCUUCGAAGAAUAUCGUCGAUGCCAGAAAAGCGGGAGAAAGAAGACAAAACCAAAAUCGCUCUCGGGAGCAGCAGCCUUUACCACACUACUUCCAAAUCCAAACAAAAGCACCAGCGAAGAAAAUCCAUGCCCGAGCGGGAGAAAAAAGACAAAAUUUCACUCGAAGGAAACGACAGCCCCCAACCUUCCAAACCAUUGCAACGGCGUCGUCGAAGAACGUCGAUUGACUUUGACCGGGACAGGGCUACGAAGCAGGAGGAAGAAGACGAAAUGCCCCCAGGAAGUAGCCACAAAAAGACCAAAUCCAGGCAACGACCCAAGCAACGAAAGUCCUCCUCCUCCAGUCGAAAGUUGCCGAGAGAAGACGUGGAGAAAAGAGAGGAGAAAAAUGGAAUCGGCGGACACACAGCCAGCACAAACGAUAGCUCACAACGAAAACAAACGCGCCGCCGGAAACGAUCGGAAUCCAAGCAGAUGAUUCAGAGCGAGACCAUCCCAGUGGACGAGGACGAGGACGAGGACGACGGCCUUACUGUGAGAAGUUCUCGCACCACGGAAGACAUAGGCAGCUUCAAAUCAAAAUCCCUGCUCCGUGGAAAACGAUCAUCCCUUGCAAAAAGAACCACGAAAGAGAGCGACAGGGAAGAUAGCGAGGUCCUCGACGAUGGUUCGAAACAGAAACCAGAACUGUCUUCUAGGCGGAGCGCAAGAAAUGGGGCUGCUGUGAAAGGGCCAUCAGAAAGAGAUGAUCUGGGGAGCUGCCACACAAACGGAGACGUGAAUCCCUUCAAAACAAGGCCGCUGUUUCUUCGGAGAAGAUCGUCCUUCCGAAGGAGAAUGGGCCAAGACAGCACCGACGACGAUGAAGGGGACGAACUUGCUUCCGUAAGCUGUCACACCACCGGGAGUUUGCCUCUGUUCCGUCGGAGACAUUCUACUUCCACGCGGAGAACCAGAAGAGACAGAAGAGCACAGGAGGUAGGGAGGAUAAUUUCGGAGAGCUCCCAUACCCGUACAUCAAAACCACUGUUCCGUCGGAAACAAUCCUUAUCCACAGAAAGAACGAAACGUGACAUUACAAAGGAGGACGAAGGCAGAACCACAUCCUCCGGUCAACACGCAAUAGGAGAUGGUAUUAACGGCAUCCUAUCGAGAACACUGCUUCGACGAAAAAGAUCGAUCGCCAAAAGGAAUACCACCAAAGAGGCAGACGCAGUAGAGAAGGCCAAUGGCCCCGGAACAAAACAACCCCCUGAAAAUAACGCGUCGUCCAAGGAAGAUGAGGACGAGGCUGAAGCUGACGGAAGAAGCUGUCACACCACCGGAGAUAUCGCCGAUGCUUCUAGCAACCGACAACAGCUGCGCCGGCGAAAGAAGUCACUUUCUAAACAAACAUCGACAAAGGAGAACAACGGCUUAGUAGAAGCCGACGAUGGGAUUGCAACCCUCGGGAGCUACCACACGACCGGAGAUAUCCCAGAUUCCACUAAGCGCAAGCAAAAGCUUAGACGGAAAAAGUCUGUUCCCCACGAGAUUACCAGCAAGAAAAAAAAACCAAGCGUGUCGGUAUUGGAACAAGAUUCCAAAUCGCUGGCGAUGUCUGCAUCCCUUUCGGGAAAACCGAAACGCAUCUUGGGUAAGAGCAACCCCGUAGCUAAUCCUGUUGCAAAACAAGUUGAUUUUAACAGCCAGUCCGAUGAAAAGAAAAACAAGGACACGAAAUCUGCAUCGAAAGAUAACGAAGACCGCCAGACAUUAUCUCCGAUAUCUCUUGGGUCUUUCGCACAGCUUUCUAUCACAGAAGUCCACCAUUUGAACAUCUGUGAUGACGAAGAUGGAGCAACUGCUCUUCCCAAACCGCAGGGCAUUGGUGGAGCACUGUCUUUGCAAUUCGAAUCUUCCUCCCUUCCCAGAACAGCGUCUUUAACUAUGAAACCAGUGCGGCGAGGACGACGCGAAUCACUGGAGAAGAAAAACCCGAAGUCAGAUCAGGCAAGCGAUGAGGUUCGUGAUGACGAGAAGAAGCAUCGCUCGCACUCUCUUGAUUCGAUAUCCGCACUUACAGGGUACAUUUCGUCCGAAAGUCCAUCCAUUGGAGAACGAAAAACAAAACGACAGAAAUCAAAGAAGCGAAAGGAAGGCUUUCUGCUGUUGUCUAGUAGGACAAAGUACAAUGGACAUACAGCGUCGGCACAUUCCAGGUCGGUUGUAGUAUCUGCGAAUGACGAGAUCUCGGGUAUCAGUUCGACGCCUGUUAGGCGAAGAAAAUCCACACAUUCCCGCUCGGCUUUUGAGACAGUCAAAGACAUUUCUUCGAUCACCAAGUCGAACCAUACUACGCGAAGAAGAUCGAUAUCUUCAAAAGACGAGCCUUCGGUUACCAAGUCGAACCAUAGUAGGCGAAGAAGAUCGACGUCUACAAAAGCCGAUUCUUCGGCCACUAAAUCAAAUCAGAGCAGGCAAUCAAUAUCGGCAUGUUCUCCCUCGAUUUCGAUUUCUACGAAAGACGCCCCGUUGGGGAUCAGCUCGAACAAAAGUGAGCAAAGAGGGUCGUCAGAUUCCCGCUUGAUUGAAAAAGAAGGCCCCCUAGUUGUCCUUUCGUCGAACACCAACGUUUCGCCAAUGUCUCUCGAUGACGGGGUAUCGAUGGUGAAAGCCGAAGCAGAAACCCUGCUGGACUCACUCGAGGUCGCAGACGCCAUAGGCAUAGGGCGUUCUGAUCGUCAACAGGCUUCGGACGAUGGCGACUCGCACGAAGAUCUGUCGGUGUCCCCCGGCUUAUCGCAGUCCUACCUCCCGGCUGGUCUACAGAAACUUAAAAGAUUGGCUUCGUUUCGAAAUGGUCCUUUGUCCUCCAGUCCGGGCCGGGCACAGGCGCGCAGUGGUGAGAUUGCGAUAUCGAGAGUAUCCAAACCUGUCGAUAAAAAAGAUUUCGUACAAACAAGUGGUUUGGCCAUAGGGAGUUUCCAGAGAGAUUCCGAUGCACCGUUGCGCCGUGCGCAGAAUGCAUCUCUUCGGAUGAAAUUUUUGACCAAGGCCAAAAGCACAAUUCAUGGUUUUGGGAAUUCUUCUUCUGAUGAUGUUCGCAAGAAAAGAUCCCCUGGGAGUUACAUUCCAAGUAGCAAGGAACUCAGGAAGAAACAAGACGAAUCGAACUAUCGGAAAGAUCUGGUGAAGAACGCAGUCUAUGCCUGUAUGGAAGAGGAUGAGGACGGCGAUAUCAACAAUUUUAUCCUUGGAACUACACCAGACAUCACUCCGCCUAGAGGAAAGCCGCGAAGAACACAGUCUCUUCCAACAAAAUACUCCCGAUAUUUGUCUUGACAGACUAGAUUAAUAUUGACGACGUUAGAGUAUUGGUGGCUGAAUAAGUUAAAUAAAAUUUU